UUGUUGGAAGCUGUGCUAGUGUUACGUAAACAGGAAGUGAAUUAUUGAUUGGGUGAAGAUGACAACAAGCCCCGCCCACACCCAGCGCUGAAGAAUAAAUGACCACCAGGAGCAGUCACCCGCGGCAUUCAGGUGCAAAACAUUUCACUGUGUAGAAAUAAACUGUUUUGUUUUGUAAACAGUAUUUUCUAUCAGCUGCGGCAAAAAGUAGAGGAAAGCAUGGCAGGUAAAGGUAGAGGAGUAGCAGCUUUUACAUUCAACAUAGAGUCAUUGGGAAUCACCAGAGGAUCCAUGCCGGAGACCCAGCGUGGUCCACAGCCCUUGUUUCCUCAAAUGGAGUUUAAACCGGUGCCUCUAAAGGCUGGUGAGGAUGAAGACUACAUGUUAGCUUUGAAACAAGAGAUUAGGGGGAGAAUGAAAGGCCUACCUUUCAACAUAAAGCCGUGCUCAGGCAAAAGUGAUGUAGAACGGUAUAAAGAAAAAUAUGUAAGGGAAUGCCAGAAAAUUGAGGAUGAAGAAUGGACACCAGACUGGAACCGUCUUCCAAAGGAGCUAAUGCCCCUAAAGAAGAAAAUAAGAAAGAAAGCUGAUCCUAAGAAACCCAGAAAGGUUUCAAGCAAAGAUCAGGAGGCUUUGCUGUCUAAACUAGAUGAGCUUGAGAAGAAGGGUGAUAAAUCGGACGAUGAAAAGGAAGAGGAAAAGGAAGGGAAAAAGGCUGAUCCUGAUGAGGAAGAAGUUGAAGGGGAAGAAUAUGAUGAAGAGCUUGAAGAGGAGAAUGAUUACAUCGAUAACUACUUUGAAGAUGGUGAUGAUUACGGAGCAGGCAGCGAUGACAAUAUGGAUGAAGCCACAUAUUAAUUUAUGAUCAGAAGAUACUGGGAUUCAUAGGAGAAAGGGAACUUGUAAAAAUAUUACUGGAGAAGCAUGUGAUAAUUUAACUAUUAAAAACAUCCUAUAUCUGUGUGUUCUUACCUACAAACACAGAUUAAAGUACAAAAAAGGCAGUAAAAUAUAAACUUGUUUAUUUUCAACCUGCAACUACAUUCUGCAGGUCGAAGGCACAUACUGCUCGAAUUCAUCAUUUAACAAUAAUUGUCAUGGGUUAAGAGAUUACAACUUUAAUUUCCACAAGUAUUAAACAGUUCACAUCACUUUGUCAAAAGUUAAAGAUUUCAGCGUCGUAGUUGGCAAACAGACCUUUCAAACAAAAUUAAAAAGAAAGUAGGCAACAUUAGCGUCAAUACUGUUUUUGCAAUUAUGAGCAUUUUUCCUAGAAUAAAUUAGCGUGUGUGUACACAUCCCUGACGAGAGACGGCAGUCGUCCCGGUGACAUUCCGAUUACACAUUUGUGCUCAACGCUGAGGCAAACGUUUAAUGUGGUUUUGUCGAACACUGGGUAAAAACUGUGCAAAACGCAUGAUGGAAAUUGCCUAAAGGCCAGAGUCAAUUCCCACUUUGUGCCAAAGCAGUUCCAAUGGCACUAUUAAUGCCCAAUUAAGUGCAGUUAUGGCAUGG